AUGAGUGUAGCAGGGAAAGGAGGACAGUCGCCCCUUCAUAAAGCAUACAAAGAAGAUAAGAAAAACGAUAAAUCCAAGACAACAGAAGCCUCUCAAUCAGUAGACGAUGGUAGCACUUCUACGUGCUCCGAAGAGGAGAAGGACUUCAUAGUCCAUGCUAAUGCCAGUCGAAAACCUUUCGCCCCUCAACCAGUUUCCACAUCGCCGACUACUUCAGCUCCCAGGGAGCCAUCCUUGAGCUCCCAGUUCUUCAGUUAUCCCACCGUACCUCUCUUGAAAUCCCCGCAGUCUAGAAGAACGGAAUUCCAUCAUCAUCAGCACCAUCAUCACCAUAUUCCGCUCUCUCUGAGGGGCGAUCUGACCAGCCAGAAUUUUUUCAACAACCUAAAACCUCCUACUGCCUUCCCUCACGGCCAUGACGAUGAAAAUGACCCGGAGGAUGGGAAUGGAGGAAUCGGCUCAGAACUCCUUGUUGCUGCCUACAAUAACUUUGUGCGAAAAUUAGUUGAUGAGACACUGGAUCGGACGAUUACCUUCUGUGAGCAGCCGCGCAAUGCGAUCAACGCGCUAGAGCGUAUCUGCUCCAAGGCUUGGCCCCAUCUGGAGGCCAAACGCCACCGAAAUCGUAUCCGUGCCUACUUAAAGGCUUGUCGACGCAACUCUAAGAAAAAUCGUGGUCAAAUCAACAUGAAAGAGCCACCGAUGAAUGGACUGUCCGUAGAGGCCAGACAAAUGGUGGCUACUGCACUCAAUCUCGUCAUGAAGGACAUUGAACAGUUGAGACAGGAGUUGAAAAGAGACAACAGUCCUUCAGUAUUCACGGCUAAGAAUGGGACUCUCCCACCGAACCUUCGCAGACCCGAAUCCUUCGGAGCAGCAUCCCGGGGUCCGAUUCAUCAUUCAGGUGCUGCCACUACUCCUCCACCCUACUCCACGUCUACCUCCAUAAAAUCCUCUAAAUCCAACGAGGAAAGGCUUGCCUCCAUCAAAUCUACCAGCUUCUCCACCAUACCACCCCCAACACCAACUCUGCCGCCAACAGUGGCAGCAGCGACGACGCCAUUUCCACCCCCACCAGCCGGCUUGGACCCGGAUUGCGUAUCUGCACUGAUGCGUUUUCUCCCCUCCACCUUCCAGUUCGGCGCGGAGUUUGGCGCCAGUUUUCGUUCCGUAGCGAUGCACACCGCGAUGUUAAUGAAUGGGACUCUAGCAACAACAGAGGAUGAGGCGGUGACUGGAAAGAAUAAACUGCCUUUUUUGGAAGGAAAACCGACGAAAAGGGAAAUAAAUAUGUCGAUAGGAAUUCAGCCUCCACCUGCAGCGCACUUCGCGGUGGCUAGGUACUCUCCCACUCUGAAUGAGGCUGCCUCCAUGCUGCUAGACGUUAGGCCGCUUUCGCAGGAUGACAUCGCGUACUUCCAGCACUACCAGGAGAUCAUGCACGAGGCACUUGACUAUGUGCGAGGGGUCUCACAGAUGCUGAUGAAGAAGGUCGAAAUUCUCGAAGGUCACUUCAAGUUGCGAAGGUCGGCAGGUGGCGGUGCGCCGUUAAGCUUUGUGAACAAUUGA